AUGGCUACUGUUGCUUCCAAUGGACCUUUAAAUCGGAGGUGGUCUCACUUGCAAAAAAUACUUGAUAGAUCUGGGCCUUUUUGUCAUCCACAAUUUGAACCCAGUCCAGAUAAUCUUGCCUUUUUGCAAGAGACUUGCAAAAUACUAGUUAUUGGAGCUGGAGGCUUAGGAUGUGAACUUUUAAAAAAUUUAGCUUUAAUGGGAUUUAAACUCAUUCAUGUCAUAGAUAUGGAUAUAAUUGAAUUGUCCAAUCUGAAUAGGCAAUUUUUAUUUAGGGUGAAAGAUAUUGGUCUAUCUAAAGCCCAGGUAGCAGCUAAAUUUAUUAAUGAAAGAGUGCCUGGUUGUAAAGUAAUUCCUCAUUUUGGUAAAAUUCAGGAUUUUGAUGAGAAUUUUUAUUCUUCAUUUCAUAUUAUUGUUUGUGGAUUAGAUUCUGUUGUUGCAAGACGUUGGAUCAACGGAAUGUUAAUAUCAUUAUUAAGGUAUAAUGAUAAUGGAGAGCUUGAUGAGAGUUCAACUAUUCCACUUAUAGAUGGUGGUACAGAAGGCUUUAAAGGAAAUGCUAGGGUAAUUUUACCAGGAAUCAAUGCAUGUAUUGACUGUACAUUGGAUCUUUUUCCACCACAGAUUACUUAUCCAUUGUGCACCAUAGCAAAUACUCCUAGGCUUCCAGAACAUUGUAUUGAAUAUGUAAAAGAAAUUCAAUGGCCUAAAGAAAAUCCUUGGAAUGUAACAUUAGAUGGUGAUGAUCCCAACCAUCUUAAUUGGAUUUAUGAAAAAGCAAGUGAAAGAGCUAGUCAAUUUAAUAUUAAAGGAAUUAAUUAUAGAUUGGUUCAGGGAGUUGUUAAAAAUAUUAUUCCUGCAGUAGCAUCGACAAAUGCUGUAAUAGCUGCUGCUUGUGUUACUGAAGUUUUUAAAUUAGCUACAUAUUGCUGCUUACCUCUGAAUAAUUAUAUGAUGUUUAACAAUGUGAGUGGAGUUUAUACAUAUACAUAUGAAGCUGAAAGAAAACCAGAUUGUUUGAGUUGUAGCCAGAUUACUAAAAUACUUAAAUUGGAAAAUUCCUCAUUGAAAUUAAAAGAUUUAAUUAAAAUUCUUUGCGAUAAACCUGAUUAUCAAAUGAAAAAUCCUGGAAUUACAGCAGUUGUCAAAGGGAAAAACAAAACUCUUUAUCUUCCUCUCGUAGAAAGUAUAGAAAAAGUAACAAGAUCUAAUUUGACUAAAUCUCUAGUCGAUUUAGGUCUUGAAGAAGGAUCUGAAAUAAUGGUGGCUGAUAUAACUACUCCAAAAACUUUAAUAUUUAGACUUAAUUUUAAAUCAAACGACAUUGAAAUGAUUUAA